AUGUCGGCGUCUGGUGAAUUCGGUAACCCUUUACGCAAGUUUAAAUUGGUCUUUCUUGGAGAACAGAGUGUGGGAAAAACGUCUUUGAUCACAAGGUUCAUGUAUGAUAGUUUCGACAACACAUACCAGGCAACAAUUGGGAUAGACUUCCUAUCAAAAACAAUGUAUUUGGAAGAUCGCACAGUUCGCCUGCAAUUAUGGGAUACAGCAGGACAAGAGAGAUUCCGUUCACUCAUUCCUUCAUAUAUAAGAGAUUCGACUGUGGCUGUUGUUGUUUAUGAUAUUACAAAUGCAAAUUCAUUCCACCAAACAUCGAAAUGGAUAGACGAUGUGCGCACAGAGCGUGGCUCUGAUGUGAUUAUAAUGCUGGUGGGGAACAAGACUGAUCUGUCUGAUAAAAGACAGGUCUCCACUGAAGAAGGGGACAGGAAGGCGAAGGAACUUAAUGUUAUGUUCAUAGAGACCAGUGCUAAGGCUGGGUAUAAUGUUAAACAGUUGUUCCGACGGGUUGCGGCUGCCCUUCCCGGCAUGGACUCUGCUGAGAGCAAGCCACCUGAAGACAUGCACGAGGUGAUAUUGAGACAAGCUCCAGGAGACUCCAAGGAACAGGAUCAAGGAUGCGCGUGCUAG